GUGUGCGUGUGUGUGUGUGUCUCUCUGUAUAUGUAUGGUUAUGUUUUAUGUUAAACACAUUUAUAUGUAAUAUCACAACAAUUUCUGCAAAAACUUUAAUGUCCAAAAUCAGUUUUACACCCAAACUAAAUUCCUGUGAAUGAUUGCUAUAUUUACUGUGCUCUUCAGGGGUUUAACAAGUUUAAUCAAACUUUUAUUUGAUUUAUUUGAAAUUUAUUUUAACUCAAAACUCCUCUUGGCUUUACCUUUAUACUUUUAAAAAAUUGUUGGCAGUAAUCUCCUAGUUUGCCAAGCUUGUUUCCCAUUAUGUGUUGUGCUAUACCCCACCACAGGACUCCUGGCUCUGCUCUGCUCUGGGUAUCUGUGUGGGAAGCAGCAGCAGGUGUAACAGGUGACAGGUAGAAGCGAGAGGAGGGGAGUGGAGGGGGAGCAUGGCAUGGUCAGGAUUAUUACACUGUGCUGGGGAGGGGGGUGGAGGGGGAGCAUGGCAUGGUCAGGAUUAUUACACUGUGCUGGGGAGGGGGGUGGAGGUGGAGCACGUCAUGGUCAGGAUUAUUACACUGUGCUGGGGAGGGGGAUGGAGGUGGAGCACGUCAUGGUCAGGAUUAUUACACUGUGCUGGGGAGGGGGAUGGAGGUGGAGCACGUCAUGGUCAGGAUUAUUACACUGUGCUGGGGAGGGGGGUGGAGGUGGAGCACGUCAUGGUCAGGAAUAUUACACUGUGCUGGGGAGGGGGGUGGAGGUGGAGCACGUCAUGGUCAGGAUUAUUACACUGUGCUGGGGAGGGGGGUGGAGGUGGAGCACGUCAUGGUCAGGAUUAUUACACUGUGCUGGGGAGGGGGAUGGAGGUGGAGCACGUCAUGGUCAGGAUUAUUACACUGUGCUGGGGAGGGGGGUGGAGGUGGAGCACGUCAUGGUCAGGACUAUUACACUGUGCUGAUAUUCAGGAAAGACAGACCGGUCAGCCGUCACCAUUAGACAUGGACAGCUGAUCAGAGGUAAGGCUGAGUAUGGUGCAUGGCUAGCUGUAUAGCCCAGCAGUCACAGUGAGCAUGGCUAGCUGUAUAGUCUAGUUGAGUUGCUGUAUUGUCGUUUCUAGUUGUGUUGAUGUGAAGAUUGACUGACUUCCUCAUACAAACCAAGCAAAGGAAUAAACUUCCUCAUACUAGUGAGGUGUGACUUAAAGAAAACCCACAAGGAGAGAGAGAGGGACAGAGAGACAGACCGAGACAGACUGAACUGUCAGAACCCGAAUAUGAGGAGGAAAGUUUGAGAGAGUGUGAGACUCACUGACCCCCUGACACAUACCCUCACUCCCUCACUCUCUCAGGAGGCGAAGACUGAAGCACGUUGGCUGGAGAUCAGAGUUUAAGCAUUACAGACUGCAGCGAGGACGGACUUGCUCUCACUCUCUCCCCCCUCUCACUCUCCAGGCUACAGGACUACACUCAUGGCAGUGUCGGCGGGCGCAGUGGUCGGCGGUGUGUUGGGGGGCAUUCUCUUCUUAUUCCUGAUUGGAAUUGCAGCUUACUUCCUGUGGAAGAGGAAGUGCCCCUGGGGUGUGUAUGAAGACCUUGAUGCCCCUAGCCCCACCCCCAAACCCAGCUGCCAAUCACAGCACCCUGGCCCAACUUCUUCCGCUCAGCCAAACAAACACAGUGAGAUCCCAUUUGUGGUGCCGGCCCGGUUUUCAUUCAGCCCACCACCUGGUUUGGACAGCGGGAUUCUGAUCCACGGGAAGAGUGAGCCAGGCUUGCUGAGGGACCAGGGAGCAUCCUUCAGGAGCAUGGCAUCUGCCUUCCCACUUGGUGCUCUAGACCUGGAUCUCUACUGCCCCCCACUGGAGGAGUGUGAGCAGGACAAGGAUUUUCCAGCGGGGAAUGUGGGAAGGCUGUGGUUUGCUCUGGAGUACCGACGUUCCUUGGAGCAGCUGCAGGUGUCCCUGCUGAGAGCCGCAAACCUGCCCCCUCCGUGCGAGAGCAGCCCUGCCCUCGUUAAACUGCACCUGCUCCCAGACGAGAGGCGCCACCUGCAGGCCAGGGCAAAGCGCAAGGGCUGCAGCCCCCAUUUCAACCACAGCUUCUUCUUCCAGGUGUCCAGCAGGACUCUGUCCCAGCGCGUGCUGCGGUUCUCUGUCUUCAGUGUGGACAGACACAAGAAGCACCAGCUGGUUGGUCAGGUGACCGUCUCGCUGAGUGAGCCGGCUCUGAGGGAGUGUGGGGGCAGGGUGCUGCUGUGGAGAGACCUGGAGGGAGCAGCCACUCAGACCCCUUCGGUGCUGGGAGACCUCCAAGUGUCUCUGAACUACAACCUGCCUCUACAGCGCCUCACGGUGGUGGUGCUGAGAGCGAGAGGACUGCAGGCAACAGGCUGUCUGGUGCAGGUGUCCCUGCAGAAUCACACCCAGCUGGUGAAGAGCAAGCGGACAGGGGUGACGAGGGGGGAGCCUGACCCCAUCUUCAACGAGACCUUCAGCUUCAAACUGCCGGCCACAGAGCUGGACAGUGCCAGCAUCACACUGGAGCUGCAGCCCACUGGAGAUCAAUCACGGACCCUGGGCAGUGUGGUGCUCGGCCCCUACAUGUUUGCGCGAGGGAAGGCGCUUGACCACUGGAAUGAGAUGGUCAGCAAGCCCAAGGAGAUGGUCAAGCAGUGGCAUGCCCUGACCAACCCUACAGAGGUACAGCGCUCCUGUAGCCCUACAGAACCUGGGACCACAGAGCUCUCAAUAACACUGCAGAGGGGCCACAGAGACUGAGAUUACUAUGCCACUGAUGAACUAUAGCUAUGGGACUCCCUCAGUAACACUGCAGAGGUGCCACAAGACUUUGACUAUGAGGCAAUCACUUUCUGUAGGCUCCAGAUCCACUACAGCGCCCACUACUGAAGCUCCUGGUGGUGCAGGUCCCAGAAUCUCGUUGCCCACUGGCUGGUGCUCUGCCUGCCAGGCAAGGAAGAGACUGCUUGGAAACUAUGCCUGGAUUCCCCCCUAGCCCUAGAGGAGCACAGAGACCAAGGCAGACCCUCACUGAAGGUCCUUAGCAAAAAUCGACAACUCUGCACCAGCAGGAUUCGAACCCUGCUCACCAGACUCUCCCUGCACUCUACCUGGGGGGCACUGGGGUCCCCAAGCUAAUGAAUUAAGCUAGGGACACUUCCACUGAGUAAUUGCUCCUCUGUACACACAGACGUGUUUCAUUCAAAGGAGCGACAACCCUCUGAUGAAAGCUCCUGUUUGCACACCUCUCCAGUUGUUCUGUGUGAAAUGCAAUUAGCAACUCUGAUGGUUUCCUGAGGGCUGCAGCAGUGCACAGCACCACACACACACACUACUCUGCAUUAAAGAGCUCUUCUCACUGACACACUGCAUGUUGUUCAAAUUAAAGACCUCUGAUCAAUGAAAUGAAGUCCUUUGCGUGUGUGUGUGUGUGUGUGCGUGUGGUCUAAUUUCAUUUCAAGUAAAUGUGACUUAAACUGUGUGCUUACGGUCUCCUCCCACACUCACGUGCUCACAGGUGAAGUCUCUCCACCCAGGCUCUGUUCAGACAAUCACAAUGAAACUUGUCUCCAGGCACUAUAGUGCUGCAAUGUCACAUGAAACUAUGAAAACCAGACUAACAGCUGUAGCAAUUAAGUGGUCACUCUCUCCCUCCUUCUCUCUCUUUCCUGCAUCUAUAUCUCCUUCUCCUAUCCCUGACCUCUUUCUCUCUCUCAAUCCUCCUCCCUCUCCAUCUCUUUCCCCCAGAGUAGAGUGAGAAAGAGUGUUGUUCUGCUGAUGAGAGGUUUUUGGAAAUGGAGGAGAGCAGAGGGGGAAGGAAAGAGUA